AUGCAAAAUAUACAAGCAACUUCACUUCCAAACCCUCCCUCGAUUCUUUCUCAAUACACAAGACAAAUAGACAACAAUUUUCUAAACAUACCUUCAAUCGUAACAUCCCCUUCCAUACCUACCUCGGUUUCCGAAGCUUUUCUUUUCAAUUUUCAAGAACCUUUGACUAGUCCAAUUUCCCAGGCAAUCUCUGCUCCCGUUACUCCUACAGGUAGCGGUGCUCCAGGAAAUAAUCAGAAUACUACUUCUGAUGGAAAGUCCAACGGUUCUAAGAGUAAUAGUAACUUGGCUCAUAUUCCAUGUAAAUUCUUCAAAAGUGGAGCAUGUACCGCUGGAAAAAACUGUGUCUUUUCGCAUAGUAAAGAACCCCCAUCCGAUAAUUAUGUUUGCAAGUACUUCUUAAAAGGAAAUUGUAAAUUUGGAAGCAAAUGUGCUCUUUCUCAUACUUUACCAAAUGAACGUAAGUCAAGUGUUAAUGUUAGAAACGGAAAAAAUGGUCCAUCAAGGUCCAUUAUUCCAGAAAUUAGAUCUCCUAUUAUGACCCCUCAAAAUUACGGUCAGGAUAUCAAUGAAUACCAACCUUUGAAUUCACCUGGAGUUCCCUUCGCUCGGAUUCCAAUAAGUCCAUCCGAGUAUUCAACAAAUAGUAGACCAUAUAGCCAGUUAACGGCUUCAUUGAAUGAUUAUAAUCCAUUUUCCGAUGAAAGCAAUUCCUCAAAUAGAUUGCGUAACGUUGCUGCAAGUUUUAAUAACGAUCGUUUAUCCGCACCUGUAAAUAUUCAAGGGCAACAACGUAGGUCAUUACCAGAUAUAUUUGGUUUGGAAACUUUCGGAACUUCUCCUUUCCAACCAGCAGGAACAAAAUCCCUUUUUUUUCCCGUGUCUUACGUUAGUGAUAGUGGUGCUCUUUCUCCAACUACAAAUCCUCAUCAACAACUUCAUAGUAUUCCUGAAUAUCAACAACAUGACGAGUCCCUCGUCGAUGAAUUGUGUAAUUACGAUUAUGAAGAAUAUAUUCCUGCUUCUUUAAGGGAUUUAUUAACACCUACAGAACGUGAAAGACGUCGUAGUAGACAAGAGGGUAGUUCCUCUUCUUUGCAUCCAGUUCAUGCAGAUGGACCACAUCAUAAUUAUUACAAUUCACGCGUAGAUCAUGCACAUAUCCCUUACGGAAGGUCUUUGCCUACUGGUGUUAGUGUAGGAUUGACUUCAAAUUUCAUGAAUCAAAAUGAUGGUCAACAUUUGAAUACAACUGGGUUUGGUCCGAAUUCAUUCUUUCCUAAUAAUCAUAAUGUUAGAAAUAUUACUAUUAAUACAAAUUUCGAAGAAUGGAAUGAUCAAAUUUCUCCUUUAAGUCCUUUACACCCUAAUAAUGUUCCUUAUUCUCCAGCCAAUUAUCCGAAUGAAUUCCAAAGUUUCCCGGGGACAACUCCGGCAAUCAAUAUACCUUUACCUUUACCUCAUGAUUUUCAUGCUGCAGCUUCCGAAAAUAAUUUACUGUUCCGUCCUGAGGUUGGCCCGAUAAGCCGACCAAAUGGUGGUACAAAUAAUGGAAAUGGGCGAAAUUCACCACCUACAGAUCUAUUUAGUCCUUUUAUGGAUGAUGAAUUUGUCUUUAAUAUGGAAAAUGAUCAAGCUCCUUCUCAAGAAAUGUCUCCCACAAAGACAUCCGAAACAGCACCAAAGACCCCUCUUUCUUAUUCUGCAAUUACCAAGGCAGGUCUAAAGGAAUCGGGAUCUACCCCCGGACUUAGUGUCGACUCGAGACGUUAUGAGCCG